CCUUUGCUCCUGAAGUGCAUGGAAGGCGAGGCCACUGACUCUAUGGAGCUCCAAAGAAAGAAGUAGCGGCUGCCGUUGCUAACACUGUUGGCAUCCAAUGUGUUAGCUUGCACCUGGCAGCAUCAUAAAAUCUUAAUAAAGUGAAAAUGGCUUUUAGUAAUCUGACAUCAAAGGCUGUACUCCUGUAUGAUGAAUGGAUUAAAGAUGCCGAUCCAAGACUGGAAGGCUGGCCACUCAUGUCUUCACCUUUCCCAACUACCUUUAUCAUUGGAACCUACAUUUAUUUUGUCACUUCUUUGGGACCCAAACUAAUGGAAAAUAAAAAGCCUUUUGAACUCAGGCAGAUAAUGGUGUUUUAUAAUUUCAGUGUGGUAGCCCUCUCUUUAUAUAUGACUUAUGAGUUUCUUAUGUCGGGUUGGGCCACAGGGUACUCAUUCCGGUGUGAUAUCGUUGACUACUCAAGGUCACCUACAGCUCUAAGAAUGGUACGAACUUGUUGGCUUUACUACUUUUCCAAGUUCAUUGAAUUAUUAGACACUAUAUUUUUUGUGCUGCGUAAGAAAAACAACCAAGUUACAUUCCUGCAUGUCUUUCAUCAUUCCAUCAUGCCAUGGACCUGGUGGUUUGGAGUCAAAUUUGCUGCAGGUGGUUUAGGAACAUUUCAUGCUUUGCUGAACUGUAUUGUCCAUGUUGUCAUGUACACUUAUUAUGGAAUCUGUUCUUUGGGACCAGCCUAUUAUAAAUAUUUGUGGUGGAAAAAAUACAUGACAACUAUACAACUUGUCCAGUUUAUUAUGAUUACAGUCCAUAUAGGACAAAUCUAUUUCAUGGAAGAUUGUCCGUACCAGUAUCCAAUUUUCAUGUUUAUUAUUUGGCUGUAUGGCUCUAUGUUUUUAGUCUUGUUUCUCCACUUCUGGUACCACGCUUACACGAAGGGACAAAGACUACCGAAGAUGGCAAGAAAUGGAAUCAGCAAAGAUCAGUGAAACAAACUCUUGUCUAUAAAAACCAGAAAGUGAAUAUGUCAAUGUGGAAACUUGCACUACUUGACAAUCAAGAUAUUUAGGUGCACACACUACAUGGUGUAUAUUUUGUAUGUUUUUUCCAUGACAGAAUUUGUAUUUUUACUUUAAGUUAUUUGGGAUUCAGAAUUCAGGGGGUGGGAGGAGCAGUGUGGAUCUGUAAUUAACAAAAAAAAAAAAAAUUUUUUUCAAAAACUUGUUUGUUUAUCCUGUAAGAAAUGAAUGAAUAGAUGAUUGCUAUCUAGAAGAUGUAUGAAAAUAAAGAUAUUCAUCUGGAAAAUCAGAAUUUGUAUGACAAGUACUGAGUACUUUGAACACAAAGGGGAAAAAAUGACUUCACCUUAAAUGUUGUAAGUUGUUGAGACUGUCAGCUGCAUUUUCUUAAAAGAAUUAAUCUUUUAACAGAAGUACUGUUUAUAGAAUAAAGGUUAUUAUUAAUAUAGUUGAUACAUAAACAUUGUUACAUGUGUUUACAAACUAUAUUACUUUAAAGAAAGGAAUGUAUGUUAAUCUGUCAAGGUAUGGUGUUUUAUUUGAAGACCACAGAUUUUGGGGUAUACUCUCUGUUACUAAGAACUUAAUUCAUUUCACAUUCUACUCACUUGAACAUUAUUCUAGGUGUUGGAAACAUACUAAUUUGAGGAUUUUCUGAACUGUCUUGUAGUGUAAUGACAAAAACAUCAUACUGAUUUGUUCACCAAAGUAGCCUAAUAUACUUCUUACUCAGUGUAUCUAUGGAUGUAUUUUGAUAUUGGCAGCCUAGGCUGCUUAGGGGGGAAAAAAAAUCUUGUAAUUCAAUAGCCAAAAUCUUAGUCCUCAAAUGAGUUAAAAAAAUUUUUUGUGAUUGAAGCCUAAGUAUCACCUAGCAUGAUUGUACUGUGCUUUAUUUUAUUUCCAUUAUCUAUUGAAAUACAUGCCUAGAAAGAU